AUGUUCCUCCGCCGCGCCGCACCCGCGCUCACAAAGCGCGUUGUCUUCCAGCCUGCCAUUCGACGAUCCUUUGCAGUCUCCGCGCGGAAAUGGGAGACCAAGGCAAACCCAAAGAUCGGCGAGCCAAGCUCUGAGUUGAAGCCGUUCGAAGGUGAGGGACGAGAUGGGAGGAGCAAGAUGAAGAGGAACAUCACAAGCGAGCGCGAUCUUAUGCCACAGGGUGGUAAGCCGGGUACCAUUCCCACAGAUCUCGAGCAGGCCACCGGUCUCGAGCGUCUCGAAAUUCUCGGAAAGAUGCAGGGUGUGGAUGUCUUCGAUAUGCGCCCACUCGAUGCUUCGCGCAAAGGCACGCUCGAAGACCCAAUCAUCGUCAAGUCCUUCGGCGACGAGCAGUACAUCGGCUGCACCGGAUAUCCAGUAGACUCCCACGUCGUUAUCUGGCUCACAACCUCCCGCGACCGACCCAUCGAGCGCUGCCCAGAGUGCGGAAGCGUGUACAAGAUGGAGUACGUUGGUCCACAAGAUGAUGGACACGGUCACCACGACGACCACGGACACGCAGACACUGAUGGAUCGCACAACUUCGAGGGCGAGCCAAAGACGAUGGCAGAUUUCAUCAAGCCCGAGUACAGAUAG